AUGACGAAUCCUAAUGUCAGUAACUCAUCUAAUAUUGGCAACUCAUAUAACUCACCUAAUAUCAGUAAUACAUCUAAUGUUAUUAAUGCACCUAAUGUUAGUAAUAUACCUAAUAUCAGCAUAGAUAAUUAUCUUUUGAACUGCAAAAAGUAUUAG